CCUUUCUUGACUCCUCCCUCACCCGGGACACUUCCGCAUCUCACUCUUACUCACACUCUCGGGAACACCCCCCGGGACGCAGGCAGCACGAGGUCGCGCACAAGCAAUGGUCGGCAGACUCUCGACGACCCGCUCCGCCCCCACCAGUCCCCCGCGCCACUACUCCCGCGCCGACGGAUCCCGCGAUGAGACCGUCGGCAUCAUCUCCCGCGGCCCGGGCCGCAACUACCAGAGCAUGAACGCCAUGCCGCCGGCCGGCGUGCGGUCCCGUAAGUCGGCCCCUCAGCCGGCCCAGACCCGGCUGCCGGCCCAGACCGAGGUCGAGGAGGAAGAGGAGGAGGAGGAGGAGGACUACGACGACCUGGUCGCGCGGGAGGAGCGCGCCGCGCAGGACAAGGAGCCGUGGUACACGGUGUUCCUCUCGAGCUUUCAGAGCAUCGAGCUGGAGAACAAGGGUAGCGUGGCCCGCGACCACCUCGCGCUCGAACGGACCUUCCUCGCGUGGCUCCGCACCUCGCUGGCCUUCGCCUCCAUCGGCAUCGCCGUCACGCAGCUCUUCCGCCUCAACUCGUCCCUCUCCGGCCCCGGCCCCGCAGACCCCAACGCUCACACCCUCCGCCAGCUGGGCAAGCCCCUCGGCGCGACCUUCCUGGCCGUCAGCAUCCUCAUCCUUUUCCUCGGCUACCAGCGCUACGCCCGCGCCCAGCGCUGGGUCAUGAAGGGCAAGUUCCCGGCGAGCCGGGGCACCGUCAUCCUCGUCUCCCUCGUGGCCUUCGCCCUCAUGGCGGCGAGCCUCGUCGUCGUCGUCGUCGUGAGCCCCACGGGCAGGGAGCGUUAAAAGGUGGGGUACCGGAACGGGGCGGAGGGGGGCGCCCACCUGUUGCGUGUGGGGGGAUCCGAGCAAGUCCUGCUGUGUCGAGAGGACUGGGGACCGAGCCGGAUGCGGAACUGCACCUACCGGAGCUGCUCACCGGUACCAUAGUCAUCAUGGUCAUGUACAUCCCAUGUCACGCAGGAAUGGACAUAUAACGUCCCCCCCCCCCCCUCCCC